AUGAGUUGGAAGCUGCCUUUGCCUGUUCUCGUCAUUUUGGAGGCUCUGCUGCUCCUUUGUGGUGGACAGGCAAAAGAACCUUGCGAGGCGCACAUGUGGAGCGAUCGCUGGACAGUGCUAGCGGGGGAAUCCUUCGAGGUGUUUUGCAGCUGCAACGGCUCCGAGAUUCAAGUGGAAGAUCUGCACAUCCAAAAAGGGCUAGAGGAAAGGUAUUUGGAGACCUCCAUUGUCGAUGAAAUAACUAUCAAGCACAGGGUGGAGCACGUCCAGGAACAAGUGUCCUUCAAUACGGCCUGCAGAUAUCGAGAUCAAUAUUUGGGUGGGAUUCUGGUGGUGGUAAUACCCCUUCUGCAGGUGCAGGAAUUCCAGUGUCUUGUGGAGUCCGCCGAUCGCGAGGCUUCGUGCACCUUCAAGGAUCUAGGGAGACCCGAAGACAACUCAUUACGGAAAGAAAGGUACUUUCUAGGGAUUGAUGAAGAGCCUUCCGUCCCGUGCUGGGAGAUGAGUAGCAACCACAGCUGGAUUCAGUGCAAUGGCAUUAAACUACCUGAUGAAAUAAUGUACAAAUUCCGGCUUUCCAUGGACUACGAGGGCUACACACAGUCACAGGAUUUCCAGUUUAAGAUCACUGAAAUAAGCGUACCCGCAUGGACGCCCUAUAAGCCGAAUUUCUUGCAAAACAGCUCACACAUCUGCCUGCAAUGGGUGCACACCGAUGAGAACUCUUUACUGGCUUGGCCCCAGGAAUGGAGAGUGCAGUUCAAUCCCCAGAGUCCAAAGCUCCAGCCCUAUGUUGACCAGCUUAUCGUCUACCCUGAUAUAACUAUGUAUUUUGAGCUGAAUUGCUUUAAGAUCCCCCCGCACUCUAACCAGGCCUAUCGCCUGCGUUUCUCCCGGCGAUAUUAUUCGACGAGAUCGCCUUGGUCUAGUGAAUUGGAUUUUCCCGAACUCACAACCGCUGCCACCGUGCCUGAUCGACCGCCGGAGUUACUCACCAACGGAUUCUACCACGGUCCGGAGAAAAAGGAGCUCUACGUCUUCUGGCGUCAAUUGGACGAGCUGGAGCUCAACGGACCCAACUUUACUUACGCUGCGGUCACAGACGAAGGCAAGAAUCCCUCAUCCAUCAACAAAAACAGCGCCCUUUUCAGCCACUGGGAUACCACACUUCCUGCUGUCAUAUACGUUUGGAGCCAGAACUCCGUGGGAUCCUCUACGAAUAGAACUCGGUUGCAAGUGCCUCUUCUGACCAACUCCGAGUACCGUCAGCCACUAGAGUUGUGGUACCACGAUGACAUUUACGCCCUUACCUGGCAGCCUCCGCAGGAUCAGCAAGGUCUUACUGGAUACGCCAUCUCCUGGUGCUGGAGUUCCUCAAACCAGAUCUGCGACGAUCAAGAGUCCAUUCAAAAUGAGAUGGUAAAAGCAUCCCAAACUCAGUUCCAUUUCAACCAAUCGAUGCUUCUGUCCCAUUUGGCUGUGGCAGCCUGUUACAAGGAUAAACCGAGUGGCGGGAUGAAGUGGAUCAAUCCCACUUGGGUUCGUUUUAUAAAGUCAUGGAAACCUCUUGGUUUAAGUCAUUUUAUGUUAGGCAUGAUCACCCUUAUAAUGAUUGGCUUUAUAAUAGUUCUCUUCCAAAAACUGCGCUUAAUGUCACAAAUCGAGGUAGACAUUCCCGAGAUCCUACUUAAGGGAUCCGCGAAUGCCUUUGUUUUAAGUCAACCAGAUUCUCCAGCCACACUUGCUAUUCCAGGAAACUUUUCCCCGAAAACGAUCAUGAAUAUCAACAAUUUUACAAUGGAAAUGAGUGAGGAGCCAGAGCCUAAGAUAGAAGUUAUACCCUACAUUACCAGGUAUAUGUUUGACAAAACCAGUGAAGCAUGUGUUCAAGACCAAGGCAAUGUGUACCAGAAACUUUAGCUGGAUAUUUUUUUACUGGUUUCGAAGAAACAUUAUAAAUUAUUAUAAACGUAAUCAUACAAGAAGUACGAACUAAAUCGGUCCCAUAAGAGUAAGCGAUGUGAUCUCGUUGCAAGUACACAUAAAAAUAAAGGAAGCUAGCUACUUUAUUUCGAUCAUUUAUAUUAUAUAUUGUAAAAUACACAUAUUU